AUGUUUGGGACUGAUACCAAAGGGCAAGAGCAAUCGAGUUUACCUGGGUUCAGUAGAUCUUCCACUAUCGAUCCUACUAUUCGAUCUCAUAUUCUUCAAGGCCUAAGAGAUAGAGAGGAUGAUCAAUAUAAUGGGAAAGGAAGGAUGCAAGAUAAAGUCGGGGUGAUCACUGGAGUAGGACCCUUGAAUGGAAUUGGGACUGCUACUGCCAAAUUAUUCGCUAAAGAAGGUGCAAGACAUCUCUACUUGUUGGAUAUACAAGAUGAAUCCUUGAACAAGUUGAAAGAAUGGUUGGAAGACAAUUAUCCAAAGACCAAAACUACAACCAUUGUAGGGGAUUGUACCUCUUCAUUGGUCAUUGAAGACCUUUUGAAUCAAGUCAUCGACCAAGAAGAUAAAUUAGAUUUCUUCUUUGCCAAUGCAGGUUUACGCCAUAUUAAACCUUCUUUGCCAAGCCACCUCGACGAGAAGACCAAAAGUUUUCUGGAGCUUAACUUGUUCUUGAGACCUGUCGAUCAAGUGGGAGAAGAAGAGUUUAGAGAGUUGAUAAGAGUAAAUAUGAUGAGUGCCUUCCUAGCCAUCAAAUACGGUUCUCAAGCUAUGCUCCAUACUUCUCCUAAGAAAGGUAAAGAUGUACCUGCAGGAUCGAUCGUGUUGACUUCUUCAAUCGCCGGACUAAAAGCUAAAGCUGGUACUUUGGGCUAUUCAGCUUCUAAGGCUGCUAUCAACUCUCUAGCUCAGACAGCCGCAUAUGAUCUGAUGGGUAAGGGGGUAAGGGUCAAUGCGAUUGCGCCGGGGUUAAUCGAAACCGACAUGACCAGACCUCUAUUCAUUCUGGCUCAAGCCGCAGGAAGUCUUGAUCAAAUGGGUUCGUUAAAUCCCUUACAAAGGCAGGGAUUGCCAAGUGAAGUAGCGCAAACAGCUCUGUUCUUGGCUUCAGACGAUUCGUCAUAUAUCAACGGUCAAGUCAUACCCGUAGACGGAGGUCUCUCAGCUGGACUACCAUAUAACAAAUCUGAUAUUCGAUCAUCUUCUUGUGCGUAG